AUGAAGAGCUGUCUAACAUUCAUUCUUCUGUCCUCUAUAGUCACAGUCACCACAGCUGGCGGAUUCAGGCUGGUUGGGGGCAGUAAUUCUUGUGCUGGUAGACUUGAGUAUUAUAAUAAAGGAGAAUGGGGAACAGUGUGUGAUGAUUAUUUCGAUAAAACAACCGCAUCACUGUUGUGUAGAGACCUGGGCUGUAAAAGUGAUAUAGAAACAAUACAUGUUGCUCACUUUGGACCGGGAUCAGGAAAAAUCUGGGUAGAUAAUUUGAUCUGUAGAGGAUCCCCAAAGAGCUGUAGAGGUGAUCUGGAUAAACAUAACUGUAAACCCAAUGAAGAUGUCGGAGUUAUCUGUUCAGGAGUCCGGCUGGUUGGAGGUUCUCAAUGUUCUGGGAGAUUAGAAAUACCUCGAGGAAACACCUGGAUGUCAGUGUGUGAUGCUGCCUUUGACCAAAAAGAUGCAGAAGUUGUGUGUAAAGAGAUAAACUGUGGACCUCCUGUACAGCUGCUGGGUGCAGAUACUUUUGGUAAAGGAGAGGGGCAGGUGUGGACACAAGAGAUUCAAUGUAAAGGCAAUGAAUAUCAGUUUGAUCUUUGUCCAACAUUACCUUCACACAUCAAUUGUUCCCAUGAAAAUGAUGUUGGACUUGUCUGUGCCGAAACACUGAGAUUAGUAGGUGGUGGCAGUCGUUGUGCUGGUAGAGUUGAGAUUCUUCAUGACGGUCAAUGGGGAACAGUGAGUCAUGUUGGUUGGGAUCUACCAGAUGCUGAAGUGGUGUGCAGACAGUUGGGCUGUGGAAAGUGUGCACAAGCUCUGGGUAAUGCUCACUUUGGACAAGGGAAAGGUCGAAUCUGGAUUAAUAAUGUACAGUGCACUGGACAAGAGUCUACACUGACAGACUGUGGAACAAACGGAUGGGGGAAACAGGGUGGUAAACAUAUUAAUGAUGCUGGAGUCAUCUGCUCUGCUAUCAGGCUGGUUGGAGGUUCUCGCUGUUCUGGGAGAGUUGAGAUGCCUCGAGGAAACACAUGGGUUUCAGUGUGUGAUGCUGCCUUUGACCAAAAAGAUGCAGAGGUUGUGUGUAGAGAGCUGAACUGUGGGGUUCCUGUACAGCUGCUGGGUGCAGAUACUUUUGGUAAAGGAGAGGGGGAGGUGUGGACACAAGAGAUUCAAUGUACCGGUGAAGAGUCUCAUAUAUCUCUCUGUCCAUCAACGCCUUCUUUCAAAGACAACUGCACACAUGAGAAUAGUGUAGGACUGGUAUGUUACUCUGACCUCAGACUGAUGAACGGCUCUGAUAUCUGCUCUGGUCGAGUUGAGCGUCAGUAUUUCAGUAAAUGGGGCUCAGUGUGUGAUGAGUGCAUGAAUAUGAGAGCUGCCAAUGUUCUCUGUAGAGAGCUGAAUUGUGGGAUUGCUGUGUCUGUUGUGGGAGUGGACUGGUUUGGAGAGGGAUCUGGUGAAAUCUGGGCUGAUGUGUUUGAUUGUCAGGGGAGUGAAACAAAACUCUCAGAUUGUUCAAUCUCUUCAUGGAAUCGUGCUGAAUCCUCUUAUAAACAAGAUGUUGGAGUCAUUUGUUCUAGUGAAUCAUCUGAGGAACUGCAGCUCUCCACAAACUCUCAACUGCAGCGCAACACAACAGCUGGCAAAUCACCUGCCAAAGUCAGCGGUCCAUCAGGUUGGAAGGUUCUGGUGGAGAUUGUGCAGGAAGGCUGGAGGUUUUUCACAAAGGCUCAUGGGCCAGUACCAGCCUGGUUUGGUCCUGGUUCUGGACCCAUAUGGCUGGAUGAUGUGAACUGUGAGGGGAAUGAGACGUCACUGUGGAGCUGCUCUUCACGGGUCUGGGGAGAUCAUGACUGUAACCAUAAAGAGGAUGUAGGAGUCGUGUGCUCAGAGUUUAAAGAGCUCAGGUUAACUGAAGGCUGUGAAGGGAAUGUGGAGGUUUUCUACAAUGGAUCCUGGGGUAAUGUUUGCAACAAUCAGAUGGAAAGUGACACAGCAAAUCUGAUCUGUCAAGAGCUGAACUGUGGAAAAUCUGGCAGUUUGUCUUAUUCAACAUCAAGAGUGCCAUCAGCUCAUAACUGGUUGGAUAAUGUUGAAUGUCGACCACAUGACUUAAAUCUCUGGCAGUGCCCGACUUCACCCUGGGGACAGAAUUACUGUAGUCAAAAUGAGGUAGCUCACAUCAACUGCUCUGAUUUGAUUCAUGAAGAUCCUCAGACUCAUCUGACAUGUUCUAACUCACCAUCUCCACAUCGAAGACAAUGUUCAAUGUUGUCUGAUGUGUGUGAUGUAGAUCAUCUUCCUCUCAGACUGAGUGGAGGGAAGGGUUUGUGUUCGGGGAGACUGGAGGUUUAUCAUAACUCUGUGUGGGGUUCAGUCUGUGAUGAUCUGUGGGACAUCAGAGAUGCUCAGGUGGUCUGCAGGCAGCUGGGUUGUGGAGCAGCAUUGAGUGCUGAUGGGAAUGAAGCGUUUGGUGCUGGUGAAGGUGUUGUGUGGAUGAAGAAAGUCGAGUGCAGAGGGACUGAGAUUCACCUGUGGGACUGUCCUCAUGUCCUGAAAAAUCACACUGACUGCUCACACAAAGAACAAGUUAGACUCAUCUAUUUGAAUGUGAGGUUGGUGAAUGGUGGCAGUCGUUGUGCUGGUAGAGUUGAGGUUCUUCAUGAUGGUCAGUGGGGAACAGUGUGUGGUGUUGAGUGGGAUCUGACAGAUGCUGCAGUGGUGUGUAGAGAGUUGGGCUGUGGAGAGGCUGUAAGUGCACCACAGUAUGGUCACUUUGGAGGAGGAUCAGGACCAAUCACAAUGGCUGUUGUGCGUUGUAAUGGAUCAGAGAUCUCACUGAAGAACUGUGGAUCAUUCAACUCGUAUAUUCAGCACUGUUCUCAUUCUCGUGAUGCUGGUGUGAUCUGCUCAGGAUCAAGACUUGUUGGUGGGUCUCACCUGUGCUCUGGGAGAGUCGAGAUGAAUUUUGGAGGAAUAUGGGGCACAGUGUGUGAUGCUGUGUUUGAUGAUCAGGAUGCAGAGGUUGUGUGUAGAGAGCUGAACUGUGGGGUUCCUGUACAGCUGCUGGGUGCAGAUACUUUUGGUAAAGGAGAGGGGCAGGUGUGGACACAAGAGAUUCAAUGUAGAGGAAAUGAAUCACUCAUUCAAUCAUGUUUAUCAUCAACUAUAACUAAUGUAACCUGCUCUCAUGAGGAUGAUGUGGGACUGAGAUGUUCUGGUUACUUUGACCACAGACUGGUGAACGGUCCUGAUAUCUGCUCUGGUCGAGUUGAAGUUCGACACCUUAAUGAGUUGAGAACAGUUUGUGAUGCAUGCUGGGAUAUGAGAGCUGCCAAUGUUCUCUGUACAGAGCUGAAAUGUGGGAUUGCUGUGUCUGUUGUGGGAGUGGACUGGUUUGGAGAGGGAUCUGGUGAAAUCUGGGCUGAUGUGUUUGAUUGUCAGGGGAAUGAAACAAAACUCUCAGAAUGUUCAAUCUCUUCAUGGAGUCGAGCUGAAUCCUCUCAUAAACAAGAUGUUGGAGUCAUUUGUUCUAAUUCCUCUCUGUCUCUUCAUGAUGGUCGAGUGAGGUUGUCUGGAGAGAGAGAGUGUGAGGGUGAGGUGGAAGUUUACAUUCAUCAGGUUUGGAGGAGAGUUCUGCUGGACUCCUGGAGUCUCACUGAAUCCUCUGUGGUCUGCAGACAGCUGGGCUGUGGCUCUGUGCUGAACUUCACUAACUCCUCUUCAUCCAGUGAUGAACACAGUUAUGAGUGUGUGAUGGGCUUCCAGUGCUCUGGGACUGAAGAUCAUCUGAGGAACUGCAGCUCUCCACAAACUCUCAACUGCAGCGCAACACAACAGCUAGCAAUCACCUGCCUUGGUCAGAAUUACAAUAUCUGUCAGAGGUCCAUCAGGUUGGUGGGUUCUGGUGGAGAUUGUGCAGGAAGGCUGGAGGUUUUUCACAAUGGCUCAUGGGGUACAGUGUGUGAUGACUCCUGGGAUAUUAAAGAUGCUCAUGUGGUGUGCAGACAGCUGCAGUGUGGAGUGGCUCUCAGUAAUCAGCCAGUACCAGCCUGGUUUGGUCCUGGUUCUGGACCCAUAUGGCUGGAUGAUGUGAACUGUGAGGGGAAUGAGACGUCACUGUGGAGCUGCUCUUCACGGGUCUGGGGACAUCAUGACUGUAACCAUCUGGAUGAUGUAGGAGUUGUGUGCUCAGAGUUUAAAGAGCUCAGGUUAACUGAAGGCUGUAAAGGGAAUGUGGAGGUUUUCUACAAUGGAUCCUGGGGUAAUGUUUGCUACAAUCAGAUGAACAGAGACACAGCGAGUCUGAUCUGUCAAGAGCUGAACUGUGGAAGAUCUGCCAAUCAAUUCAGUUCUUCAGAUGCCCUGAGGUCUCAUAAUUGGUUGGAUUAUUUUAAAUGUCGAUCACAUGACUCCACUUUAUGGCAGUGUCCAUCUUCACCUUGGGGACAGAAUGACUGUAAUGAAGAUGAAGUGGCCAAUAUUAUCUGCUCUGAUCAUCUUCCUCUCAGACUGAGUGGAGGGAAGGGUUUGUGUUCGGGGAGACUGGAGGUUUAUCAUAACUCUGUGUGGGGUUCAGUCUGUGAUGAUCUGUGGGACAUCAGAGAUGCUCAGGUGGUCUGCAGGCAGCUGGGUUGUGGAGCAGCAUUGAGUGCUGAUGGGAAUGAGGCGUUUUGUGCUGGUGAAGGUGUUGUGUGGAUGAACAGAGUCGAGUGCAGAGGGACUGAGAUUCACCUCUGGGACUGUCCUCAUGUCCUGAAAAAACAAACUGACUGCUCACACAAAGAAGUUAGACUCAUCUGUGCAGGGAGUCUCAUCUCUGAAGAACAGCAUUCUGGAUAUGAAGAUGAAGAUAAAUCUUUUUCAGCAGAACAGAAAAUCACAACAGGAUACUAUAAUGAUGUCAUCACUGAUGGACUGUCGGCAGGUUGUCAGACAGUGUUAAAAGUUACAGAGAAAGAUGAGAGCACUCAAUAA